AUGGAAAGCGAGCCCAAUUAUCUGGUGAAGCUAGCAGAGGAAAAUGCUAGUUCGUCGUCUAAAGGUGAUGAUGUUCCUGUUAACCAAACUAAUAGCAGUGUAGACGAUGACAAUAAUCUUGUUGCUGCCAUUGUCCCAGGUGUUGGGAUGUUAUUUCAAUCCGGUGAAGAAUUUGCCCAAUGCUGCCAUAAGUACGCUUAUGAGAAAGGAUUUGAAUUUUAUGUUAGAAUAGAUACAUUGAUGAAGGAGUACAAAGUAGCAGACGUUAAUCGUAGAGGUGUUGGGGAAAAGGAGCCGAAGUACCAUAUGAUGUCCCGUAUUAGAAUGGAUUGGGGAUGGUUUGUAAUCACACAAUGUGUGUUGGAUCACAAUCAUCCUCUUUUGCCGGAUUGUACAAGGUGUAUGGUGAACUAUAGAGGUAUAGAAGACGAUAGUUAUGAGAGAAUGGCACUAAACGAUGCUAAUGGGAUCUCUUUGGGUAAGAGCUUUAAUUCGUUCGUUAUUGAGAAAGGAGGACAUUCGAAAUUGUUGUUCACCAAGCAAGAUAUGAUGAAUGCAGUGCACGUUCAACGCCGACUUAUCUUAUUUCAAGGGGAUGCACUUGCCGUAGAACAACAUUUUACAAAGAUGACUGAAGAAGAUCCUAAUUUUUAUAGUGCUAUUCAACAAGAUAAAGAAGGAAAAAUUCUAAAUGUUUUUUGGGCUGAUGCUAGGGGUCGUGCAAUGUACCGAGAUUUUGGUGAUAUUGUCUUGUUUGAUACAACAUUCUUAUGUAACAGGUACAAAAUGCCAUUUGCUCCAUUUGUAGGCUGCAAUCAUCAUGGGUCUAAUAUACAUUUUGCAGCUGCCUUAAUCAGUCAUGAGGAUUCCGAGUUGUUCGAAUGGGUAUUUAGACACUUUGUUGAAUUUAUGGGCCAACCCCCUAAAGGAAUAUUGACUGACCAGUGUAAGGCUAUAGGGAAGGCAGUGGAAACUGUGUUUCAAGAUGUGCCGCAUAGGCUGUGUUUAUUUCACAUUAAACAAAACGCUGCAAGGAACUUGGGUAAGUUACCGAGAUGGAAGGAGAUAGAGGCAGAUUUGGAUCACGUUGUUCACGAUAAUUUUAGCAUUGAAGGGUUUGAGGAUGCAUGGAAGGCAAUGGCUGGCAUGUCAUCAACGCAACGUAGUGAAAGCACGAACCGUGGUGUAAAAGUGUACGUUAAUUUGAAUACUGGGUUGAUGCAAUUCAUGAAUCAAUUUAAUGCGUAUUGUGGUGGAUUAGUGGAAACGGAAAAGGACCUAAAUUACCAAACAAAGCGUAAUCCAUUUUUCUAUGACAACACUGUAGUAGCCGAGGUGGUGUUUAGCAAGGCUUACACUAAUGAGAAGUUUUUGGAGGUGAGGGACGAUGUGAUAGGGCUAAAGCACACCAAUAUAGUUAAAACAGGUAACAUAGGGUCAAUGAAUUUGUAUGAUGCAGACGAGAAGAUCCCCAAACUAGUAUGGAAAGCAACGAGGUGGACGUUUAAGGUUUCCGUUGAUAAGGAAAAAGGCGAAUUUAGUUGCAGUUGCAAGCUGUUUGAGUUUAGGGGUAUCUUGUGCCGGCACAUUAUCAAGGUGAUUCAUACUGAAGAUAUCGAGUGCAUCCCAGAGAAGUACAAUUUGAAUCGAUGGAGGAAGGAUCUCGUUAGGGAUUACGAGGGCAUAAAGGUGUCUUAUUACGACCCUAAGGAUUAA